UGUCAGUGGGACAGCCAUGGAGGACACCCUCACCUGCAGCCAUGCCACUUUCUCCCAGGUGUUUGGACGCCAGGGACAGCUCAUGCAAGCCACCGUCCAGUCUCUGAACAGCCUGAAUGACCAGAUUGCUCAGUUCAUGGUCACUCGACCUUGUAGCCUGACUGAUGAGGAUGAGGCCUUCAUGCGGGGAGAGAGGGAUACCUUGAGGAAGUCUAUGACUUUGAUGAGACACUUGCUCAUGGAUGCUCAGGGGAAAAUCCUUAAAAUGAUGGAAGACAACAAACAGCUGGCACAGAGGAUUGAUGGGGCCAUCCAGUCUGCCAGCCAGGAAGUGACCAACCUGCGCUCCGAGCUCUCCGCCACCAGCCGUAGACUGGCAGAGCUGGGUGCCAGCAGCCCCCCUGGCUUGGAGAACCACCACCAGCACAACCACCACGAUGACAGCCUUCACUACCGGGAUCCAUCCAUGCGUCACAGGCAGAAGACAAUGGUGACAGACAUGUGCUACCCAACAGAAAUAUCCAGCCUGAUGGACUUUGGCACACCAGACUGCUCGCUAGGCAAAGUGUUGCUCCGUGAAGAGGUGGUCCAGCUCCAAGAGGAGGUCCACCUGCUGAGGCAAAUGAAGGACAUGUUGACUAAAGACCUGGAGGAGACCCAGGGCGGCUGCUCUGCCAAUCUGCUUUCUGCCACUGAGCUCCGUGUGCAGCUGGGUGACAAGGAGCAGGAGCUGGACCGUGCCAAGGAGGCCUUACAAGCUAUGAAAGCUGACCGUAAGCGGCUGAAGGUGGAGAAAGCAGACUUGGCGAAUCAGAUGCAGCAGCUGUACACAACACUGGAGAGCAGAGAGGAGCAGCUGCGAGAGUUCAUACGCAACUACGACCAGCAUCGAAAGGAGAGUGAGGAUGCAGUGAAAGCCCUGGCAAAGGAGAAGGACGUGCUGGAGAGGGAGAAGUGGGACCUGAGGAGGCAGACCAAAGAAUCCACAGAGCAGGCCAACGUCUUGCGUUCUCAGCUGGAUAUGAAGGAGAACAGGAUUAAAGAACUGGAGGCCGAGCUCACAAUGGCAAAGCAGUCUCUGGCCACACUGACUAAAGACGUACCAAAACGCCACUCAGUGGCUAUGCCAACAGAACCGGUGGUGAACGGCAGUCAGGAGUGGGUGAUGCACGCCGACCUUCCGCUCACGGCCGCCAUCCGCCAGAGCCAACAGACCCUCUACCACGGACACACCACAGACAGACAGGCUGUGGUCAGGAUCAGCCCCUGCCACUCACGUCAGCCUUCUGUGAUCUCUGAAGCCUCUGCGGCUGAUGGAGACCGCUCGUCAACGCCAAGUGACAUCAACUCACCUCGUCACCGGACCCACUCCCUCUGCAAUUCUAUGGAGGACCUUGAGGACCAGAAGCGGAAGAAGAAGAAGGAAAAGAUGACACUGGGAUCCCUAUCAAGGGUGUUCGCUCGGGGCAAGCAGCGCAAGUCACUGGAUCCUGGCUUGUUUGAUGACUCUGAUAGCCUCACACAGCAAAGCCUGUCUGAUGGAGAGGAGCAGCUGGACCGCCUCCAGCAGGCGGAGCUGACUCGAAACACAUGCAUGUCACUGUGGAGGGCAGGUGCAGUGCAGGCCUGGCUGGAGGUUGUCAUGGGAAUGCCCAUGUACAUCCGAGCCUGCUCUGAAAACGUCAAAAGUGGGAAGGUGCUUCUAGGCCUGACGGAUGAUGAUUUAGAGCUGGGCCUGGGUAUCAGUAAUCCAAUUCAUCGCAGGAAAAUAAGAUUGGCUAUUGAGGAUUACAGGAGAGCUGAAGGGGACCAAGGAUUAUCAAAAGCAUCUGAGAUGGACCAUCACUGGGUUGCAACAUCAUGGCUGAGUGAUGUCGGACUGCCUCAGUACUCCCAGAUCUUUCAGUCUCACUUGGUGGACGGACGAGUGCUUAACUCUUUGAACCGCAGAGACCUGGAGAGAUUUCUCAACAUCAGUGACCAGUUCCAUCAGACCAGUCUACUUCUGGGAAUCCAGCUGCUGCAGAUGCUCAGCUUUGAUAAAGAGGCCCUGCAGGCACGGCGGACAAAAUGCGAGCACCAAAACCGGGAUCCCAUUGUUUGGACAUGUCACAGAGUGAUGAAGUGGAUCAGAGACAUUGACCUCAAGGAGUUUGCAGACAAUCUUCAGGGUAAAGGGAUUCAUGGUGCAGUGAUGGCUUUGGAUCAGUCUUUCGACACAGAUGCCAUGGCCAAAGCCCUGGGCAUCCCCAGCAACAAACGCAUGCUUCAUCGGCACCUGUAUGAAGAGAUGAAGUCACUCGCUGUCCCUCUCAGUAAUACCGAGCAGGAGACUGAGGUGAUUGGUUGUUCCUCUCCUGUCGCUGUUAACCGUUUUGCUGAUGAGAGGAUGUCUAUAAGAAGAUCCGGAAAGAGUCCGCUGAGGUUACGAGCAAACAGCCACUCAGUGGAGCGAAGUCUGGGCUUCCACGGCAGCUGCAGCUCUCUGCCCAGAGAGGCCAGGGUUCAGGCGGUUCCCCGAGCCAAAGGCAGCCCGAUGCACACCUACAAGAGUGUCGAAAUCACCAACGUCUGAACCAGCUUCAGCCAUCGAGAUCUUAACCAUUGUUUACAUUUUUGUUGUGUUGCAGUUGUUUACAGCUGAGAGACACUCACACUGAGCCACACUAGAAUUAUAGGAAGAGAAUGUCUUAAAGGGGUAUGCCACUCGAUUUAGUAAUCUGACAUCUUUAGAGAAGCAUUUACUGAAGACAAAUAAACUUUAUCAUUGUGACCUGAUGGACUUGAAAGGAAGAUAACUUAAUAGCUAGGUUCAUUUUUUAUUUUAAUUUAUUUUUAAACUACGUAUUCCAAGACUUUUAUAUAUUAUUGGAAAAAUCAUAUUUGUAUGAUAGAUGAGAAGGCUUAAAACAGGCUUCACACAGUUAUAUAAUUGAAAUUAGUGCUCUUUUAAUGCCUUAUAUUACACAGGUCCAUAUGAUCUUCACAGCACUGUUACUAUUUAUUACUGCUACUUUUUAACAUGUUUGUUUUUUAAGCUGCAAGUGAAAAACUCUGUUAAUGACAAAAGAAAAGUUGUUAUAACUUACUUUCAGUGUAAAGAUACAGCACAUAUCAGCUGUUAUUCAGAAUAGAUGAGGGCCCUGUUCUUCAUACAUGGCUAACCCAGUUAACCAGACAUGAACACUGGAUUUGUUGACUGGAUGUUUUCUAAAAUCACAGAAAGCUGUACAGAACAGAGACAUCUGGAGUGCGAUUAAGGUGAUGUGUUUUUUGGGGGUUUUUUUGCAACUUACAAAGUACAUUUAAAUUACCAAUCAUACGUCAAAGGACUGUAAAUUAGUAUUCAGUUUUAGAGGCAUUCACAGGUGUACUACAAGAGCUUUGAGAUGGUUGAAGACAGCUAUUUUGUUAGGUACACGUUGUUAGGUUCAGCUGCUUAGUAACACAAAUAUUUAAUCGGCCAAUGACAAUCCCAGUGGCUCAGUUCAUUUACAUAGACGAUAGACAUGGUCAAGAGGACCUGCCAAAGCAUCAGAAUGGGGAAGAAAGGUGAUUUCAUUGACUCUGAAUGUGGCGUGAUUGUUGGUGCCGGGCUGGUUUAAAUAUUUCAGAAACUGCUUAUCUGCUGGGAUUUUCCCAGUCAUCCCU